UGGCUCGGAGUGGCCAGGGCUGCAGCCCGGGCGGCGGCCUCGGGCGCUCGCAGGGCUUCUGGGCCCACCCCGUCCCCGCGCCUCCGCCGCCGGCCCCGGGCCCGCCCCCGCGGCCCAGCCUUGCUCCCGGGUCCCAGAUGACCACCGAGGGCGGCCCGCCGCCGCCCCCGCCGCGCCCGCCGCCGGCCCCGCUCCGCCGCGCGUGCAGCCCAGCCCCCGCCGCGCUCCAGGCUGCCCUGAUGAGCCCUCCGCCCGCCACCGCCGCCCUGGAGACCACCUCGUCGUCGUCGUCGUCGACCGCCUCCUGCGCCUCCUCCGCCUCCUCCUCCAACUCGGCCGGCGCCUCCGCCGCCGCCUGCAAGAGCGCGGGCGGCGGCGGCGGCGGCGGCGGCGCGGGCACCGGGAGCGGGGGCGCCAAGAAGGCGAGCUCGGGGCUGCGGCGGCCCGAGAAGCCGCCCUACUCGUACAUCGCGCUCAUCGUCAUGGCCAUCCAGAGCUCGCCGAGCAAGCGCCUGACGCUCAGCGAGAUCUACCAGUUCCUGCAGGCGCGCUUCCCCUUCUUCCGCGGCGCCUACCAAGGCUGGAAGAACUCCGUGCGCCACAACCUCUCCCUCAACGAGUGCUUCAUCAAGCUGCCCAAGGGCCUCGGGCGACCGGGCAAGGGCCACUACUGGACCAUCGACCCGGCCAGCGAGUUCAUGUUCGAGGAGGGCUCGUUCCGCCGCCGGCCGCGAGGCUUCAGGCGGAAGUGCCAGGCGCUCAAGCCCAUGUACCACCGCGUGGUGAGCGGCUUGGGCUUCGGGGCCUCGCUGCUGCCCCAGGGCUUCGACUUCCAGGCGCCCCCGUCGGCACCCCUCGGCUGCCACGGGCAGGGCGGCUAUGGUGGCCUCGACAUGGUGCCCGCGGGCUACGACACCGGCACAGGCGCCCCGGGCCACGCGCACCCACACCACCACCACCACCACCACCACCACCACGUCCCGCACAUGUCGCCCAACCCGGGCUCCACCUACAUGGCCAGCUGCCCCGUGCCUGCAGGGCCCGGGGGCGUCGGCGCGGCCGGGGGCGGCGGCGGGGACUACGGCCCGGACAGUAGCAGCAGCCCGGUGCCCUCCUCCCCGGCCAUGGCGAGCGCCAUCGAGUGUCACUCGCCCUACACGAGCCCCGCGGCGCACUGGAGUUCGCCGGGCGCCUCGCCUUACCUCAAGCAGCCUCCCGCCCUGACGCCAAGCAGCAACCCUGCGGCCUCGGCAGGCCUGCAUUCCAGCAUGUCUUCCUACUCUCUGGAGCAGAGCUACCUGCACCAGAACGCCCGCGAGGACCUCUCAGUGGGACUGCCCCGAUAUCAGCACCACUCCACCCCAGUGUGUGACAGAAAGGAUUUCGUCCUCAACUUUAAUGGCAUUUCCUCUUUCCACCCCUCUGCCAGCGGGCCAUAUUACCACCAUCACCAUCACCAGAGCGUCUGUCAGGAUAUCAAGCCCUGCGUCAUGUGAAUGGAGGGAAGGAGCCCGUGCCCCGGCGCUCCCUCUCACAGCGGCAUGAGCUGAGGGGAACUCAUACUGUGCACGCCGUAGCAGUGAGUAGCAUGCCAUCCCUUAGCCAGAACCCCCAGGCCAGUGCUGUUCGCUGAUAUUUGUCUACCCCUGGUAGGACAACCCUGGCAAGGAAGUGCCCAAAUUCAUGCAGGCUCCCAGUGACCGGGAGAGCAAACUGAGAACUCAACCGGCAGAGAUAGUAACCAGUUACCACAUGAAACACAUUAACUAACUCUGGGAUCUUCAUUGCCUUCAGUAAUCAGGGUCUGAAAAACGCAGACAAAUUGUGUGUGUGUGUGUGUGUGUGCGUGUGUUUCUUGAAAAUUUGUGUGCUUUUCAAAAAGGCAGUGCUAAGCACAAGAUUUCAAGAACGCCUCAUCUUGUUGCCUAGCUAAGUAGGAGAGUUCUGUUUUGCCAAACACUUAAGUUCGGAUACAGGUGCCAAAGAACAUUAUUAAGAAAGUAUUUAGAAACAAUGUGUCUAGUUUAAGAAAGUGGUUUUCAGUAUUGUGACAAUACAACGUUUUUUACAAGGUUGUUUUCUACCACCAUAUUUUAAAGAUAUUUUUAUGAUUUUGUUGUAUACUCACACUUUGCUUGUAUUUUAAAAGGAGGAUAUAUUUGCACUUAUGUAUACUUUUACAGUUUGCCAAACUAUUUUGAUGUACAAUUUUUUCAAUAAAAUAUAUAU